AGAAAACAAUUUUUAAUCUUUGGAAUUGAAUAUUCUAAUAAAUGCUUACUUCCCCUCAGGGAAGUUAGCAAUGGUUUCUCUUCUUAACAUAAGGAAUAAAUGAAAGCUAGAAGAUCUGGAAUCUUUUGCCUCCCUCGUUAACCGAAGACAUUGAUGAUGAAGUUGUAAUGGAGGACAAGAAAGCAAAUAUAAUAGCUGUUACAAUAAUCAUCGGCCUCAUCAUUUUUAUCAUCGUUGCUCGCGUAUCAUUGAAACUUUCCAAAGCCUUCUUCCUCAUUGCAGGGGCAGAUAUUGCAGUAAUCCUAGCUGUAUUUGUGUGUACUGUCAUUAGAGGGCGUUAUCAUCGCAGAAGAAGAUUGUUAGAGAAAAAAUUGGUGUCAGAAGGUCAAGAGCUUCGAAUAGAGUACAGUUUUCUUAGAAAGGUAGCCGGAGUUCCAAUAAAGUUUAGGCACAAGGAGCUUGUGGAUGCUACAGAUAAUUUUCAGGCACUGCUAGGCCAAGGUGCAUCUGCUUCAGUAUUCAAAGGUAUCCUUAGUGAUGGUACUUCUGUUGCUGUGAAGCAAAUCGAAGGGGAGGAGCAUGGGGAGAAGGAAUUUAAAUCAGAAGUUGCAGCAAUUGCAAGUGUGCAACAUGUAAAUCUUGUGCGACUUAUGGGGUAUUGCUGUCUUCCUGGAGGGCCUCGGUUCCUCGUUUAUGAGUUCAUCCCAAAUGGUUCAUUGGAUUCUUGGAUCUUCCCUGGAAGGGAAACUAGAAAUCGCCCCGGAGGUUGCUUGUCAUGGGACUUAAGGUACAGAGUUGCUAUUGAUGUGGCCAAGGCACUUUCCUACCUACAUCAUGAUUGCCGGUCAAGGAUAUUACACCUUGAUGUCAAGCCAGAAAAUAUACUUAUUGAUGAGAAUUAUAGAGCAAUUGUGGCAGAUUUUGGCCUUUCAAAGUUGAUGGGAAAAGAUGAGAGUAGGGUCAUUACCACAAUCAGGGGUACUAAAGGUUAUCUUGCCCCAGAAUGGCUCUUGGAGCAUGGUGUUUCCGAGAAAUCUGAUAUCUAUAGCUAUGGAAUGGUUCUUUUGGAGAUGAUUGGAGGCCGAAGAAAUGUUACUGUGAUUGAAAAUGGCCCUGAUAAGUCUCAAAGGAAAUGGCAGUACUUUCCUAAAAUUGUAAGGGACAAACUAAGAGAAGGAAAGCUAAUAGAAGCUGUUGAUCAAAGGCUAGUUGAAGCAGGAGGCAUUAUUGAUGAAAGGCAAGUGAAAAGACUGGUUCAUGUAGCUUUGUGGUGCAUACAAGAGCGGGCGAAACUAAGGCCUAGCAUGGCACAAGUGGUCGAGAUGCUUGAAGGGCGUGUGGCCGUAGAUGAGCCCCCGGACACACAAAUGAUUGUGGUCGAUUUGUUAUCAAUAUAUGAAGAGAAUUCGGGUUGUGAUGCCAGGCCAAAAAUUGCUGCAAUGGGAUCACAUAAAGACUACAACAUUCCUAAUUCCUGUUCAUCCUCUUUUGCAAUGUCUGUGCUAUCGGGACGGUGAUUCCCUCUUACUAUCAUAGUUUGAUUCAGCUUGAGGUUCUUUUUUUUUCUUCUUUUAGAAUUGGCAAAUAGUUCAACGUAUAAGAGAAAUCUGACGAAAUAGAUGAGAUCACCUGUAUCAAAUCUUCUUUUCCUUCUUUUCUCAACAAAGUCAAUCUUUCAGCAAAAUGCUGACUGUCAACAAGGUGUAUUUCUCAGUCAUGAUCAUCCAGGAAUAUUGCUGUAUACUGUUUUGUACUAUGAGUUAUUCUUUCCAAUGAUACCAUAUAUAUCUUUUUCUUUCUACUUCUUCAAAUAGAAUUCUCCAAAGAAAGAAAGAAUAGUACUGAUGUUGUUUGAUCUGACAUAAUAUUCAAACCUGUUUCCCGAAGAAGAAAAUGGUGGGGGGUGGAGAAAUGGGUCAUUGAAACUGGCCUUGGUCCUUGAGGAACUUUCCCUUGCAAUUUUGCAUUUGGUUUCAAAGCCCAGUUUCUUGCAGAACAGAUGUUUACUUGGUCAAGUUACACAAGCUAAGAAGAAAGAAAGACUAAACAAUAAUCAAUAAGAUUAGCAUUGAAAGUGAAGAUAUUUUUUUUGACCAGUUCAUUGGAAGUGAAGAUUAGUUCCAUUAAACAAAAAAUAAAACAGCUAUCCGAUCCAAUUAAUGGCACAAUUUCUUUCCUGCCCUUUCAUCAGUUUUUAAGUUAUAAUAAUGACCAUGUGUGGUUUGAAUGGUCUUGUCGCUGUGUGGUCCCGAUCCAAUUAAUGGCACAAUUUCUUUCCUGCCCUUUCAUCAGUUUUUAAGUUAUAAUAAUGAC